UUUAUCAUUUUACGUGUCAUCUGGAAAACGCAAGAGCUUCACUCGCCAUCUUUUAUCCUUUUAUUUUGCCUCGCAGCCGCGGACCUUCUCGUUGGAUUAAUUUGUCAGCCAUUUUUUGUGGCGUAUCAGAUUGCGGAACUUACAGAUAACUUUAGUGCCUACUGCGUUUUGAAAAUGAUUCAAAACAUAUCUGGUUGGAUAACCACUGGUGUUUCGCUCGCAACAUUAAGCGGAGUCUCAAUUGAUCGACUUCUCGCUUUAACCCUACAUCUACGAUACAACACCAUUGUCACUGCUCAAAGAAUGUUGCAAGCUGUUUUUAUGUUCUGUAUCGUGUCUGUGACAGUUGUCAUGUUAAGAUUUUGGAUACACCCAUGGAUUGUUUUUCCUGUUGUAGUUGUAGUUGCAAGUUUUGUUGUUACAACCAUAAGUACCUUAAAAAUAUUUCAGAUUGUCCGUAAACAUCAGCGUCAGAUAAGCCAGCAAAAGCAGAGUGUUCAAAGCAACACAGUAAACGUUCUAAAAUGUAGAAAAUCUGCCGUGACUGUACUAUAUGUUUACGGUUUGUUCGUGAUAUUAUAUCUUCCGUUUUGUGCGACGAUGUUUGUGGAGACAGUAACUGGAUAUACAUUAACAGUGAAAAUCGCCUAUGACUACGUGACAACUGUCGUCAUUAAUUCGUUCUUGAAUCCAAUUGUGUACUGCUGGAGAAUCGGCGAGAUACGACGAGCUGUUAAGAAUUUGCUGAGGAAAAACUAAAAAAAAAAAAAAAACCCUCAAGACAUUAGAUAUCUGAUUUUUAGUAAUACUUCAAUUAGUGCAUUGACGUUGAAAUUGAGGCUUCAACAAGACGCAUAAAGAAAAGAUCGAAGGAGCGUGAACUAUAAUCAACGCUGUUUGAACAGCAUAAGUGCAGAUAUAUGCAUGCUAACUUAGCGAGGCACGUAUGUGAUGGCAGAUGUCAAGAUUUUGAAAAUGUAUGCAAACUUUACAAGCUCUAUUUGUCGUUUUGCGAUUUGCAAGUGACAUUUCAAUUAAUGUGAUGCGGGUUUAGCAAUUUUUGAUGGAAAGUUGUUUUGUGAUAGGUGAGUACGAGGGGGGGCGGGGAAGAAGGGGCGGAAUUUCCUUUCUGGGAGAUGGCGUAGUUCCUGUAAUUUCUCAUUCAAACUGAUGCCGAUUGCAAACCUUAGUUUAAAUCGGUAACAGAAACUAUUUUUUAUUGCUGGGUGUUUUUAUAUCGAAAUGCGCAGAAACACGAAGCAAAACGGCGUUGGAAUCCGCCGCUUUCAGGAUACUUUGCUUUUUCCCAAUGACCUCAGACAAGUUAAAAGCGAUCCAAAGAUGAACAUGUCAGAAACAAAGGUCCAAACCAUAGUUAAAAAAAAGGAAAUAGAAAAUUCAAAUUAAGCAUGCCUGUAAAAUGUAUGCUUACCUAGGAAGCAUCGCUUUUCGAAAGCUACUAACUAUGUCAUAUGAAUUGUUCAAACAAAUUUCAAAUUACGUUUGGUACACUUUUUUAGUAUUGAAAAGGUAGUCUUCCUAUGUUUAGGCUCCCAUUGUGGAAAACAUGCCUUUCUCCUCUUCCGGGUCUGUAUAGAUUUAAACUGGCUUGACUCAAAAACAAGGAACAUCAUGCCUGUCAAAAUCAUGUUUUGUUUUCAGCACAAGGUUUGUGAUUUGGUUACAUUGCACUGACUGAGCGAUUUCAGAGAAGAGCCUCGAUUUAAUUUGGCGUAGUUAUGCAAGUUUCUCAAUUUAAUUGCUUUGCUCACCUUUCAAACAUGGCAGAACAAACUCUCAGCAUCGAUCAACAGUACAUUUACAUGCAGGUUUAACAUGACCACAUACUGUGUGCCAUCGAUAUCACAUAAAUACUAUCGAUGGAUUAGAAAAAACAGAAUACAAAUUGUUUUGGAAACGUAACCAGAUAUAAAAGCUGUAAAGACUCACGUUAGCUACAUAAAUUUAUUUACAAUGGGCUAAGAGCAGGCGAAGUUAUCGUUGGUUUUUUAUUUUCCCUUUGGCCGGGUGCACUUUAAUAUGGGCGUGUUUGUCAUUUUCUCAAUCAUAUGGUAAAUAAAUAAUCGCAUGAACGCUAGAGCAAUUAAGGAUUUACACUAUACCCGUGAUAUUUGAAAAAAAUUCAAAUUGCACUUGCCUAUAGCUUGAGGCUAGUGCAAUUUUGCCCGAAAUUGGAGACAUGUCAAAUAUCAUUUGAAGUGUAAAUAAUCAGUUACACUUACGAGGAUUCGACCACUUAUUUUAAAACAAUAAGACAACCAUGUUGAGGUUGAGAUACAUUUAUCUUAUGUUUCAAUAUCUUCUAGGGCUGCCCCAGGGUUUUUUAAUCACUCUUUGUCUCCAUUGAACAUCGUUAAACAAGACAAAAUUGUGUUUGUAAUCGCGUUUUGACCUUAACAAAAUUGUUCUGAUUCCUUUCAUGAAUUAUAUUCCAGAAAGAGCGUAGUCGGACAAGAACUAAUAUCUCAUUUCUAUAGAUAUAAGUUAUGGAUAUAACUUAUCGUUACUUGAGUUUCACGAAGGAAUAGGGACUGAGAAAAUUAAGACUCCUCCGGCCUUAUCGCUACGCUCCCGGACUCGCUCUUAACCCCUCGCGCGUGGGACUCAAAAGCUAAGUUACCCUACACGCAGCUGCAAGCUGUUUUUGCCUGUUUUCAAUAAAAAUUUUUUAUUUUUUCUAUUGUCUUCUUUACACCAUCAUUAGUCAUUUGCCUUUAGGUCUCCCAUUUAAGCUUCCGUGUUUAGGCUCUGCUCCCCCAAAUCAUACAAUAGAGAAAACACACGAUGUGCAGCUUUAUAGAGAAAGCAUAGAGUUGUUCUUUUAACAUGUUUUAAUUUCUUUUGUUAUGGUUCUG